CACAGUCCUGCGCGCGGACGUGCAGCGCAUGCCCGACGGACAAUGGUGCGCCGCGUCGGCGCACGCGCAGUUCGCACGCGUACAUCACGUUGUCGCGCGGCUCGACGGGCGUGCGUUCUACAUGGGCGAGUUCAAGUGCCAACACCGCAGGUCAGUCGAUGUCGCGGCAUUUAAGCGGUUAUCACGCGAGAUGCAGUGCGCAGUCCUCGCACGCGUAGACACGAACCAGACGACCCGUGAGGAGAGUGCGACGAUGCUCCGUAACGGAGGCGUCCCACUCACACAACUAACGCUGCGCCGCGUUGGAUAUGACGAACGCUUCCAGGCGGCCUUGUUGAAAGUGCAUGCAAGAUUUGGACCGUCGGCGCGGGACGAGGAUGUCGAGGAUUUUGAAGAAGACUGUGAUGAAGAAAAGUAGUAUUUUGUUCGCAGAGCAUAAGCGAGCUUGUACAGCACAAUCGUUUCAACGGUGCUAUGUUCCC